UUUCUAACGCUCAUUUCUUCUUGUCCAGCAAAAUUGGAAACACACAGAGAGAAAAAAAAUGGCGACAUGGAAUUCAAUUCCACUGGAAAUCACAUAUCAAACAUUGGGUUGGAUCGCUUUCUUUUCUUGGUCUAUCAGUUUCUACCCACAAGUCAUCUUGAAUUUUCGUCGCAAAAGUGUGGUGGGAUUGAAUUUUGAUUUUGUGGUGUUGAAUUUGACAAAGCACUCCUCUUAUUUGAUUUACAAUGCUUCUCUUUACUUUAGCUCUGCUAUUCAGCAACAGUAUUUUCAGAAAUUUGGCUUUGGACAGAUGAUACCUGUUGCUGCAAAUGAUGUUGCUUUUUCAAUACAUGCUGUACUGUUAACAGCAGUUACACUCAUUCAAAUUAUAAUCUAUGAUCGAGGAAAUCAAAAGGUCUCUAAGCUUUCUAUAGCAAUUGUAUGUGCCGUGUGGUUAACUGCUGCUAUCUGUUUUUUCGUAGCUUUACCUGGCCACUCUUGGUUGUGGCUCAUCACCAUAUUCAACUCAAUACAAGUUUUCAUGACAGUCAUCAAGUAUAUUCCACAGGCAAUAUUCAACUUUAUGAGAAAGAGCACCGACGGCUUUAGCAUUGGGAACAUUUUGCUUGAUUUUGUUGGAGGAGUGACAAAUUAUGGCCAGAUGGCUGUGCAAUCAAUAGAUCAAAAUUCGUGGGUGAACUUUUACGGCAACAUAGGGAAGACACUCUUAUCUGUGGUCUCCGUGUUCUUUGACCUCCUAUUCAUGUGUCAACAUUAUAUCUUAUACCCUGAAAAGAAAGCACAUCCAUCUCGGAAGAUCAAUAACGAAGGUGCAGAGCCACUGAUCAAGUCGUCCGAUGAAGUGACAUCAGAAAAUGUGUGAGACUUAGUUUGGCUCUUAAUGUAAUAAACCAAACACAUAAUAUAGUUUGUGUAAUGUAAAGAUAGUCCUGUAGUAUUUGCUUGUUGUACAAUCUCAAACUUUGUAUUGUAAAUAGCUUUUGUUUCGAGUAUAGGCAUUUCUCUGACAACAUAUAUUAUAUUCCAAUGCUAUCAGAAUUACGAUGCAA